AGUAGUGACUCAAUUUGACUAUUUCAGAUUUAUAACUAAGCAAUCUUAUUUAUUGCAUUUUUUGUUCAUGGAAAGAAAAAAAAAAAUAAUAGCUUGAAAUUAUAGCUUUAUUUUUUUGUGCAUGAGUACAAAAAAUGAAAGGUCAGAGGUUAAAAUUUAUUUGCAGCUUUGACGAUUUGAAUACCCACUGAGAAAAAAUAAUCUCCGGCUGAGGACUGAGGAUGAGGUGAUAAUUCUAGCUAGUGCAUGGAAGUCAAAAUUUCAAACAAUUCGAUUCCAUGCCAGUUGACUAGAAUUAUAAAAUCUCAGAUUAAUUUAAUCAUUUUAAAUGAAUUAUUGACCCAAAGCAGUACCUUCCUCGUUUGCAUUUCUAUCUAUAGACAGAAAAUACCAGUUGUUUGAAACGAUUAAUUGCCCAACAAACCAAAUAUGUUUGCUUGAACUAGAAUACGGCUAUUGAAAACCAGUAAUAGUUGUUUUAGAAAAACAUUGGUUGAACCAGGCCAGCAUUAUUAUCGUCACUGUCUAAACAAAAAAUCAUUUGAAUUACCCCGAUUUUUCACGAUGGUCCUAUCAAGUUUUGGUCUGUUUGGCAAGGUGUCACUACAUAGGAGAAGUUCUACAGUGGCUUUUUUCAAAUAAACGGUUCUGCCCAUCACUAAUUCCGUGCGUACGUGCUUUAACAUUUCCACCACCCUGAGCUGUAGUAUACACCGUUCUACAACAUCACCGAGUUGGUACAGUGUACAUCGAUCUAUCCAUGAAACUUCCCUGUUCAUCACACACACACACCAGUCUUCUCGCUCUGUCUUCACCUUCGACUCAAGCACUGGGUACAAGAGUAUACGAGGGUUGUUACUUAUGCAUUUAGCCUGAAAAUGAAAACAGUAUUAUAUUUGAUCGGAAAUGGUUUUAUUGUUUCUCAAAAUGUUCCCCUAGAUGAUCAAUACACUUUGGCAUACACUUGAACCAAUUUUCAUAACUUUUUCCACUCUUCUUGAGCUACCGCCAAAACAUGGUUUUUGAACGCUUCUUUAGGAGUAUUGAAUCGCUCUUCACGCAGUUUAUUCUUUACGGAAGGGAACAAAUAGAAAUUGUUAGGUGCCAAGUCAGGACUAUACGGCGGGUUGCCCAUCAAUUCGACGUUUUGGAUGCUCAAAUAUUCGGUUGUUUGAGCCGAUGUGUUAGAGCUUGCAUUAUCGUGAUGAAGAAUGAUUUGGCGUCUGCGUUGUUUUCCUUAUAUCACAAAAAACUUAUGGCGAACAAAUGGUAGUAUACCGAUCAGAAUUGACGGACUUACGAUCCUCUAAAGCAACGCUAGCGAUAUAUUCCUUUAAAGCUAAAAAACAAGCCACCAUUUUCUUUGAAGUGCUUCGACUUUGUUGGAUCGUUUAGUCUAUGCUAUACACAAAAUUUGAAGCACAACGAUUGAUUUUCAGCAUUUCUUUGCACCUAUCAACACCAGUCAUUUUUGCACGACUUAAUGUACAUGCAAAAUAAUAUAAAAGCUUUUCACACUAAUGCUCAAAGCUGCCUACAUUGGGGAUCUUCCAUUAUCAGAUUUUUCACAGCAUCGAUGUUUUCUGGCAAAAUCACUGAUUCUGCACGACCUUCUUUGAAUUCAUCGGCAAGCGAACUAUGACCACGAUUGAACUCGUUACAUCAGUUUUUUUUACAGUCGCGUAGGAUGGUGCUAUAUUUCCAAAAGUCGAACUAAGUUGACCCAUUAUAACCCAGGGGUUCCUAAAUGUUGAACCUAAUAAGAAGAUAUCAUCAAUACCAUCAUAUUUUGUGUUGAAGAUGUUGGGAAAUGCCAAAUCACUAUUGAAAAUCGAUUUCAAACGUAAUUAUCCUAUGUAUGAUAUAUCAUACGCUGGGACAAUACAGUAGCAACAAAUUUAUAAGAGAUAUGUCUAUAUUUUGAUGUGUCUAUAUUUGUCCUAUUUAUAUAUAUGUUUCAAUGUCCGGUAGAAAUACUAUCGGAGAUGAAGGCACAAUAUUAACAGAAAUAUUUGGUGCAUUUCGGUUUUUCUGGCCCGAAGUGAUAAAUGACCAGUGUAAUCGAAAAUAAAAAAUAACCCCAUUUGUUUCCAUUUCUUCAUUUUCUGGAAAAUGGAUUACCUAUUUGUAUUUGUAUGGUAUUUUAGAUAUUUGAACGAUUUGUAUAGUUUUCCCAGUGUUUAAUAAGUUGUAGAGUAUUCAUACUUCCUUUUCUAAGUUAGCUUUCGAGUUCAUAUUCACGUGUUCGUCAAAUCCUAAAGGGUCCCUAUCCUUAGCACUAUUUUUUGCAGCCAUAUUUUUAAAUAUUUCACAUUUCGAAUAUAAAGCAAACUGGAUUUGAUUUGCUGAUGGCAGGAGAUUUUCGAAAGGCUAUUUAUCGAAAAAAUCUGAUGAUCGAGUUUAUCGGCUAACAAAAUGCUUUGGAAAAAAAAUACAGCAUUAUCCUACCGUAUGAUAUAUCAUACGUUCAAAUGUAAACAACAAUUUUUUAUUGUUUAACUUAUAUUUUUGGAAUUUCGCUACAGGAAUAACUAAUGGCAAUGGUUUGUCAAAAGAUGGAAGUAUGACCUAUUGUUUCGAACAUAAGAUUCACACGAAUAUGUUGCUUACUUUUCUUUGGUCAUUUGUGUGAACUUUGCAAGGUUAUAAUACUAAUAAAAGGUUUACACUAGAGAACAGUUUUAAUAUACAAAGAAAUUAGAAGUGCACAGUAUCAAGUAGUGCUCUAGUACAGCUGUUAGGUAUUAAACUUCUAAAGUAAACACGUAUUAAAAUAUAGGAAGUUCUGCGUAUGAUAUACGCUAGGAAAUAAUGGGUUAAUUGAAUCACACUUGUCUUGAUAAUCCACGGCGGAAAUCGUAAUAAAUCAUUGCACGAAAAUGUUCACGCUUCAAUUCUAUUUUUUUGCUGCGGUAAAAUUUUCAACUCACUGUAAACAAAACAAUUAGUGCUCAAAUGACAGAAUGUUCUGAAGAUGGUAAUGGUUAAAAAUGUCAAGCUUCAUUGUGGAAACGUUAAAUCCACUGGAAAACACUUAGUGUUGCCAAUACUAAAUACAUAUGUAACAACCUACGUAUUUAUAAUCGCUUGUUGCUUUCUCUACUGCUGCGCCACAGCAUAUAUACUGUGGAUUUUCGAAGUUACGUGGUUUUUUACGCGAAUUUUCAAAGUUAUCCAGUUUUCUUGUUUUGUCUUAGAAAUGCAUGAAACGUCGAGAUCUGGUGUUAUCCCGAAAAAAAAUUUAAGUCGACUCUCUGACUUCCAAAAUUUUCUAUUAAAAAAACAUUUCAGAUUACACCGGAAUCGACGUUUCAUAUAUUUCUACGACAUUUGGUAUAAAAAAAUGUCUGUAGUUUUGCAGUUUUUUCUGUGUGGAUUCCGAAGUUACGCGGUCCCAAAGUCGAUUUUUGUCAUACAAAAUUUUAUAGAUUACAUCAGAUCUUGACGUUUUACGCAUUUCCAAGACAUAUGGCAUAAAAAAAUUCGUUUUCGGAUAUCUAAGUCUCAAAGUCGAUUUUUGUACGAAAAAACUUAUUUUGGAUGACUCCAGAUCUCGACGUUUUAUGCAUUUUUAAGACAUAAGGCAUCUAAAAAAAAUUCUUCAGUUUUGGUGUUUUAUUUCUAUGCGGUUUUCCGAAGGUCGAUUUUCGUAAAAUUUUGUUUUUUGGAUUACACCAGAUCUCGACGUUCCAUGCAUUUCCAAGAUAUUUGGCAUCAAAAAAAUUUUUUUACGUGGUACUUAUCUCCCGCGUAAAAAAGACCUCAGUGUAUUCAUUCACAAACAACAAAAAUAAAAAUAUCAAAGAUGCAAGGGUCAACCUAGAUCACUUGAAAAACCAAAUUCAUGUUAUACAUUGAACAAACAAUUGAAAACAAAGAUUAUUUGAACUGAACUAAAAGCUCUACUGCUCCAGUCGCUGUCUGACAAUCCUCAUCAACAGACGUUAUGACGGCUCUUUGAUUGUCUUCCCUUUCACUGUCAAAGGCAGUUUUUUUUCGGUGUGCAAUUAAAUGCACAAGAUACAAUCUAUAUAGAAAGUUCAUUACGACCAAAUACCAGAUUUUCAUCUUUUAAUAUGCACUGAAGAAAUGAUCAAAAAAUACACUGCCGUUCCAUGCAUAAUUGUCACAUAUACAGGGUUUCCCACGUAAAAUUUCGAAUUUUAAAAUGCAUUAAUAGAAAAAAACGGUUUGAUAGAUUUCAAUGAUUAUAUAUUUAUUUGAAAGGUUGAUUCAUAAAAUUUUUAUGGAUAAUAAUUCCGAUCAAAUGAUCCCCUCGGCUGGCUUGGCAGUAGCCAAUCCGAUCCAUCAAAUUUUUGAGUACAUUUUCAAUCGUUUGUGGCCUUAAGUCAUCAAUAGCAACUUGAAUUUCGUACUUGAGGUCUCAAUUGUUUCUGGAUGGUUGGUGGAACAUUUAUCUUUAACCGCUUCCCAAAGAAAAUAAUCCAGCGGCGUCAAAUCGCAGCUUCUCGAAGGUCAAUUCACAUUACUAUUUCUGCUGAUUAUUUGAUUUUCAAAAAAAUGUUUGGUCCUGUUGGAACCUAACAUUUUUCAUAAAUAAAUUUCAUGAAUCAACCUUUCAAAUAAAUGUAUAAUCAUUGAAAUUUACCAAACCUUUUUUUAAUGCAUUUUUAAAUUCAAAAUUUUUCGUGGAACACCAUGUAUUUGGAAAAUUCUAAAGAACAACGGACAAUUAUGGGUAGAACGACAGUACAGGACUAUUUCCUAAUAAUUGAAAGAGAAAGCAAUCAAAAAAAAAAUCUAUCAUUUGCACUCAUAUUGAAAAUUCUAUAAAGAAAUAAUUUUUCCAAUUCAACUGGACUGAACAUUUUUGAUUGGCCUAAUGAUCACGACCGGAUCAGGAUACUCGGUUUUCAUUAAAUUACAAAUACGUAAUCACUGUCUACUAUUUUCUGGAUUUCUGGAAUCACAGAUCCAGUCAAAUUCAGCAGCUAGUAAAAAAUAAAAUCACGCUAAUCCUACCAAAAGCAGAGCCUUUGCUUCUUACCGAGGUGAUUUGGUUUUCAGACUAAAAAAAUAUUGUUGACAGAUGUCUGAACAAUGAAAUGUGGUAGUUCUGUGAAAGCACCAAUACAAUUAUUAGAUAGCAGAUGUGCAAGUUUAAUGUGUCGAUAAUCAGAAUGUGCCAGGUCUGGUGAAUAUGGUGGAUGUGCUAGUAGUAGACAUUGUUUCUACGAGCUCUUUGGGGCAAUAAUGUUGUCAUGCUACAGAAUGAGUUUAUUGUAUAUUCGAGAUUUGCGAAUUAGACGUUGUUCAAAUUGAUCAUUUGUUAGCGGUAGCGGACGGUAUUAACCGUUUCGUCGGAUUCAAGCAUGUGUGUAGUCGGAUUAUUGCCUUUUGAUAUCACUAUUUAUAUAGUAUUGUCUUUUCCUAAAAUAGUUCGGUUUUGCUUUCGAUGUUUAUGGUUAUCCUGGUGUUACCGUGAUUUUUUGCGUUUCGAAUUCUCAGAAUGCAUCCGGUUUUCGUCGCCAGGUACAAUUCUAAAAACUGUUUCUUUCGUAGCGUAAAAGCAGCAUUUUGCACUGCGCUUUCGGCAUUUCCAUCUUUCGUCCGUUCAAUUUGUAUGGAACCCAUUUAACAAACUUUUGAUUUUUUUCCAUGACUUUUAAGUAUUCGGAAAUGACUUGUCGAAUAACAUUCAACUAAUUCGUCUACUAAUGAUUGUAGUUCAUUCUAAUAAAUUUACGUCUUUGUUUUUGUGAAGAGUGAAAUUCCAAUGAAAACCAUGAGUUUAUGUAUACGAAAUUACCGAGAAAUCAAGAUAAAGGUUUGGGUUUAAAAAUGGUUCAGCUGUAGAUGUUCAAAACCUGACCACAGUUUGUACGAUUUUUUCCGUAUUUUGAAUUCGUACCCUUGUAAAGAAAACAAAAAUAGUUCACCUGGAAACAAAUAGGUUUAUAUGGAACACAAAAAAUUGUUUCCCAAAUAUUCAAAAUAAGUUUUAGCAGUUUUUUUGACGAUAGUUGUGUAGUCCUACGUCAACAGUUUCAACAAUCCCAUAUGGAUUUUGUAUGAAAUAUGGGUAUUUCGAACAAUCCUUUGGAAUUCAAUAACAACCCAUUGACCGAUUUAUGAAACAAAUAAACGAAAAAUCGCUUUCGGUAUCAUAAUUCCUUCUUUCCAAUCAUCAUGACUUCCAUAAUUGAAGGCACUACGUUUGGCGGGCCGAAAUAUUUAUCUAUCGCCAUAUGGUUUGUAUCAUUGCAGAAACAACGUGCUCGAUCGUCAUCUUCAUCGUCCGGUAGCGACUCAUCAUCUUCGUCUUCUUCCUCGUCAUCCUCUUCCGGAAGCGACUCAAGCAGCGGCAGUGACAGCAGUAGCACCAGUAGCAGUAGCAGUGUCAAAAGCUCCAAGGACAAACAAUCGAAAAAGAAACCGAAGGAAUCGACCAGCAACAGUGCGCGCAACAGCACAUCAACGCAAAAAUCGAUCUCCAAGGUAUCCUCCUCUUCGAAACACAGCAGUGGAAAGGCAACAAAGCUGGCUUCCUCUCCGACAUCUGAUCGACGUUCUUCGCCAAGCAAGAAGCGAAACACAAAUGAUGAGAGCCCUGCUCGAUCAAGCCGCAGCAGCGUAGAACGCAAGAAGAGUAACACCGAACGGGAAAAACGGCGCGAACGUAGCAAUUCUCGUGAUCGCCAUGACGACAGCAAGCGUCACAGUGACAAAGGAAAAGAUCGUCGGGACCGUGACUGGCGUGACAAGGGUCAUUCCUCAGGAAAACGCGACCAGGAGGACUAUCGCGAUCGGGAUCGACGAGAGAAGUACUCUAACCGCAGCAGUGGUGGCUAUAAAGACGAUCGACGAGAUAAACGUGACAAAUAUGAUCGCUACGAAAGACGGGAACGUGACUCCAGCCGAGACAGAAAGGACAAUAAACGGGACUACGACAAAGAACGUCGCAGUCGGCGGUCCUCGUCACGGGACAGAAAACGAAAAUCGAGUGUGGAACGAAGCAAGAGAAGAUCGCACUCCCGCAGCAAAUCUCCCGCCAAAACAAGUUUCUCCCCGACUAAAAUAACGCCACUUUUGAAUACGGUGCCGUCAACGUCUGUCACUGGAAUCACUCCCGGUGUGAAACCAGCUGCCUCUGCUGCAGCAGCAUUUAUCCCUCCGUUGAUGGGUAUAAAUGUCGCGCCGGUCGAUUUACCACCGAGACCAAAUGUUGCCGGUGGUCUACCGAUCGAUGCCGCAAAUGCCCUGUCCCGAAGUUCGCUGAUUCGAAGCAAUGUGAAGGCAGCGCAGUUGGAUAAAAUGGGCAUAGAUGUCCUACAGCAAAGCAAGAAAGCGGUCGAGUCAGUUCCGUUGCCAUCGUACUAUAAUCCAGGCGUUGUAAAUCCCGUUCGGUAUGCCGAUCAAGUACAAAAGAGAAAACUGCUGUGGAGCCAUAAAACAUCUGAGAGCAAGGAUGUAUCGACCAACAUCAGCAAAUGGGAGCAGGCCAAAUUCUCACAGGAUAAGGAUGGCAAAGUGGCAUCCAAGUUUUUGCGCUUAAUGGGUGUGAAGGAUGGUCAAAAGAUGCCAGGUGAUUCCAGUUCAAAACCAGGCACCAGCUCGGGAGACAGUAUUAAAAAACAAGAAGAGCUUUUUUCGACCAUGGAACAACAGUACGAAGUGGCACGGCAAGUUACACACACGAUGCGUGGUGUCGGACUUGGUUUCAGCUCACAACCGCGUACUUUUUGAAUACGAGGGGGUCUAUAGGUUUUGAUACCGCAGCUGUCUCUUGAAUUACUUAUCCGUUGAUCACCGAGUUAGUCAUUUGCCAAAAUCGCAAUGAUUGCGAUCGCCUGCUCUAGCACCCAUUUGUGUGACAUACAAGUUAUAAACAUUACUUCUUCAUCAUGGAAUGUUCAGAUCAGCAAAUAUGAAUCUAUCGAUAUAGUAGUGAGCGAGUAGGUCAGGGAUAUGUAUCGAAAUACUUUGCACUAAAUACUUUCACACUGCGUUAGUGUGUAAUAAUAGCAAACCAAUAAAUUGUAUGAAAUAUA